AUGCCACCCCGCCUACUGGGAAAGCUCAAUCGGCCUUUCCUAUCGAACUAUAUCCUCCAGCUGGUGGUACAGAGCAACACCCUCUUUCGAACAUUUGGCAUACGAUCAGUAAGCCCUCCUAAGACAUCCCGGUUCAAUGUCGGACCUGAUCUACCCGUGCUUCAGUCGACUCCCACGGCAGCACUGGAACGAAAAGCAAAUACACUGCCCUUACGAACUGGGGUUAUCGCUAUAAAAAGAGGAAUGACUGCUGUAUAUGAUGCGGAAACUGGAAAACGGACCCCUUGUACCGUCCUGCAGCUGGACCGAGUCGAAGUCACCUCAUGCAAAACGCGUCAAAAACAUGGUUAUUUCGCUGUGCAGCUGGGUUCUGGCUGGAAAUAUCCCAGUAACAUUCCUAAAUCCCUUCUUGGACAUUUUUCCGCCAACGGGGUCUCGCCCAAAAGGCACGUGUACGAGUUCCGGGUUAAGGAUGAGAGUGGCCUCCUGCCCGUGGGUCAAACGAUCAAUGCAGACUGGUUUCGGGAAGGCCAGUACGUUGAUGCGCGAUCUAAUUCUAAAGGCAAGGGGUUCGCCGGUGUCAUGAAGAGACACGGGUUUGGUGGUCAAGAUCGCAGCCACGGUGUUAGUUUAACGCACCGCUCUCUUGGUUCCGCAGGUCCUAGCCAGGGCGGUGGUUCCAGGGUUUAUCCAGGGAAAAAAAUGGCAGGAAAUAUGGGAAAUGAGCAAAAUACAGUGCAAAAUUUGAAGAUACUCAAGGUUGAUCAGGAAAAUGGAAUUGUUGUUGUUAACGGCUCUGUCAGUGGUCCUAAAGGCUGCGUUGUCAGGAUACAGGAUGCUAUCAAGAAACCUUGGCCCGAAACUGCUCCCAAAUCUGAAUAG